CUCUGCUUUACGGUUUUAUCCUACACCGGAAGUAGCUUCUCGCUGAUUCACGUUCACCCUUAACUUGUGAAAUUCAACAUGGCAGCGGCGAUGGAUGUUGAUGCACCUAGCUGUUCCAGUAGCGGAGCAAGUAAGAAGCGAUUUGAAGUCAAGAAGUGGAAUGCCGUGGCACUGUGGGCUUGGGACAUUGUUGUGGAUAACUGUGCAAUUUGUCGAAACCACAUCAUGGAUCUUUGUAUAGAGUGCCAGGCCAACCAAGCUUCUGCCACAUCUGAGGAGUGUACAGUAGCCUGGGGCGUCUGCAAUCAUGCCUUCCACUUCCACUGUAUUUCCCGCUGGCUCAAAACAAGACAGGUGUGUCCUCUGGACAACAGAGAGUGGGAGUUCCAGAAGUAUGGACACUAGCUGGAGAACUUUAAGUUUUGCCCACAGUGCUUCUUUUCCCAUCCAACUUGUUGUAAGCAGAGUUGUGUACAUUUUUUGUUUUGAUUCAAAUAAACAGUAAUAUUAAUGGCAGAGCAGA